AUGAACUUACCGUUGAUGAAUAAAGAGAUGAUAAAGAGUACUGAGAUCUCAAACAUUUUCUCAAUUUCUGUCUGUAUAUUUGUGUGUGCAGGUGUGUUUGGUGAUGAAAUGAAGUCAGUGUCAGUGAUGGAGGGUGAAUCUGUUAAUCUACACACUGAUAUUACUGACAUACAGAGAGAUGAUCAGAUACUGUGGAAGUUUGGACUUCAAAAGUCUCUUAUAGCUCGGAUCAAUGGAGCAAACAGAGAUAUCUCAAUAAAUGCUGAUGUUCUUAAUGGGAGAUUCAGAGACAGACUGCAGGUGAAUAAUCAGACUGGAGAUCUCACCAUCACAAACAUCACAACUCAACACACUGGACUUUAUCAAGUAAUCAUCAACAGCGUUAAGGAGAUCUCAUACAGAUUCAAUGUUAUUGUCUAUGCUUGUCUGCCUGUUCCUGUCAUCUCCAGAAACGUUUCACAAUGUUCAAAUUGUUCAUUAUUGUGUUCAGUGAUGAAUGUGAGUGAUGUGAGAGAUGUGAGUCUGUCCUGGUACAAAGGAAACAGUUUAUUGUCCAGCAUCAGUGUGUCUGAUCUCAACAUCAGACUCUCUCUACCUCUGGAGGUUGAAUAUCAGGAUACAAACACAUACAGAUGUGUACUCAACAAUCCCAUCACAAACCAAACUCAACAUCUCAACUUCACUCAUCUCUGUCAGACGUGUUCAGCUCUCACCAUUAUUCUGAUCUGUUGUGCUGCUGUUGGAUGUCUGAUGAUUGUGGCUUCAGUUCUGAUCUUCUGCAUCUGCAGGAAACAAAAAAACACAGAACAACAGGUUGAAGAUGAAGAGAUGAUCACUUACGCAGAUCCAACAAUCUAUACAGCACAAGCACAUGAAACGGGAGCUCCAGUGGAGGAUUUUGUGGUGUAUACAGGAAUCAAGGGACAAGAGAAAAUUCACCAAUAG